UGCUCGGUUCCCUCCCGCCGCCGGGUGCCGGCUGCGAUGCCGUGCGUUAACGCUGCGCGUCCUCCCCUGUCCCUGUCCUCGGCCGCAGUGUUGCACCACAAGUAUGACGCCUCCAAGUCCAGCACCUACGUGGAGAACGGCACCGAAUUCGCCAUCCACUACGGGACGGGCAGCCUCUCCGGGUACCUGAGCCAGGACACCGUGACGCUGGGUGACUUGAAAAUCAAGAACCAGAUGUUUGGGGAGGCCGUGAAGCAGCCAGGCAUCACCUUCAUUGCUGCCAAGUUCGAUGGCAUCCUGGGCAUGGCGUUCCCAAAGAUCUCUGUGGACAAGGUCACCCCUUUCUUCGAUAACGUCAUGCAGCAGAAGCUGAUUGAGAAAAACAUCUUCUCCUUUUACUUGAACAGGGACCCCACAGCUCAGCCUGGUGGGGAGCUGCUCCUGGGAGGGACUGACCCCAAGUAUUACAGCGGUGACUUCAGCUGGGUGAACGUCACGCGCAAAGCCUACUGGCAGGUCCACAUGGAUGCGGUGGACGUCGCCAACGGGUUGACCCUGUGCAAAGGGGGCUGCGAGGCCAUCGUGGAUACGGGCACCUCGCUCAUCACCGGCCCCACCAAGGAGGUGAAGGAGCUGCAGAAGGCCAUCGGCGCUAAGCCGCUCAUCAAAGGCCAGUACGUGAUCCCCUGCGACAAGGUGUCGUCUCUGCCUGCGGUCACGCUCACGCUAGGAGGGAAGCCCUACAAGCUCACCGGAGAGCAGUAUGUCUUCAAGGUUUCUGCACAGGGGGAGACCAUCUGCCUGAGUGGGUUUUCAGGCCUGGAUGUCCCACCCCCUGGGGGCCCGCUCUGGAUCCUGGGAGAUGUCUUCAUUGGUCCCUACUACACCGUCUUUGACCGGGAUAACAACUCUGUUGGCUUUGCCAAAUGCGUCUAAGCGCCUGACCCCCAACUGCCUCUGCCACACACACACACACACUUACACACACACGGAAGCUGUAGAGAAUGAUUACCAGGAUUAGAAACCCAGUGAGGAAGAAAAGAGAAUUGGAGCUAGAUUUAAAUUUACAAGGCACAGAAUCAUUGUUAAUGCCCUGCUAGCUACUUUUUCCUGUCUGUUGAGUAAGUGGUGCUGGGACAGCUCUAGUUGACAACUCCAGCUAGAGUAGCUCCUUGCUUUACUGUUAUAUCUUCCAGUAUUUGUUUUUAAUAUUGAUUCUCAAAGCUGAGCAAUGUCCUCUCAUGUCUCCCAGCACUGGUCUCAUUACUGGAGAGGCGGCUUGCUGGAGCCAUCCAGCAAUGCCACUAUUCCUGCAGAGAAGCUGUGCGGGUGCUCUUGGGUUUGGGCUUCUGCGCUUGGGGAGAGGGAAGGGACAGACUGUCCUGCACAUUUUUUACUUCUUCCUCUUUUUCACUGAUGAAGUGGGGGAGCGGGAGAGGGAAGCGCGUUCAUCUUGAUCACUCCUCUGAGACUGGUGAAACAACAGUCGCUAAAUCCCUUCUCAAUGAAUUUGCGCUAGCUUAGUCCUGGGAGAGUGCUUCCCGGGCUGGAGCUGAGGGGGAUCUUGUAGCGUGCCUAAGGGAAGUUUUAGAGUCCAAAGGCUCUAAUUGUGUGUUUUUGUGUUGUGACAACACUAGUGAGAGCUUGAGGCGUGGUCUAGCCAUGCCUGGUCUGAGUCUCUCACAGACCUAUCGGGGCAGGGAUUCAUUGGGGGGCUCCAGCCAGUAGGACUCUUCAUGGAGUAAGAAUACAAAGGGGGUUACAAUAGGGUUUAAUAGGAGUUGCUUGAAUUCAUGUCCACAAAAGCCCAGCUUUAAGCUUAGGGCUGAGCAAACCAGUUUGAGCAAAGUCAGAGUUGAUAUAAAUGCUCUUGAGUUUGGCAAACUUCUCCCAGUUUUCCUAAACCACAGAAAUUUCUAACCUCAUCUGGAGCUAGUGAGUUGAGCGUAACGUUUCCCAAAGCAACUAAGUGGUCUACAAGCCUAAAUCACAUUGAUUAAAUCAAUGAUAUAUGUAGGUGUUUGUAAGUCACAUAAGAGCUUUUGGAAACAUUAUUUAUAGUGUUUUGGAUUGUUCAAAACUCAAGAGACAGUUGACAGAACAGAGUCAGCAAGUCUUCCAGGCAGGAGGAUACCAUGGAGGCUUCUGAAUUUUCAUUUGCUCUCCUUUCACCAUUUCCCAGUCCUGAAACCCAACUCACCUUCAAUACCCUCCUUACAUUGUAUGAUAGUUUCUAUAUUAUUUACAUUGGUGAGAGAUCUGCUCAUUUGCAUCAUAUGUUACAGAAGGAGUGAGGCACAUUCCCUGCUUUAGAGAGUCUGCAGAUGAUGGAUUUAGCUGUGCUUACAGCCCCACAUCUUGCUCCUGGAGAGCCAAGACCUAUGUGUAUGGAGCCGUCCGCUUCACUGGGCUGGAAUUAGUAGACAUAUAUGCUGGGGGAGCAAGGAGACAAUAGUAGCUGGAAGGAAGAUGAAGUGAGUUUUAAGCAACACUGGAAAGCAGAAGAGAGUGUUUUCCGUGGCUGUCAGGGAGUGACUGUAAAGAUUCCCGGGCAUGAUAAAUCUGCUGCUCCCAAAGCCGCCUUCUGCCUGUUCACAGUCUUCACCUGCAACGUUGCGUUUGGAAGCCUUAAAGACAUCUGUGGCAGGCCGGGGAUCUGGCUAGAGAACAGUAGCGCAUUACCAAAAAAAUCAAAUGCAGAUACUCAGCACCUCUCCGGAGAACCCACUUUUCAAGCUGAUUAAAUGCCCAGAGCUCUUCAAAGUUCUGCUAAAUCCUCCCGCGGCUGCAGGGUUUAUCCAAUAUAGUGGCUGAGACAGAGACAAUUUCUCAGGUACUCGUUAAUCAGAUUUGAUGUGGGGAACAGCCUGACAUGGAGUUGACUGCGGGUUUUGAAUGUGUUCUGCAUCAGAUUUAAAUCCUGGCAGGAUAUACAGUGUAGCCUAAGAACAAGCCAUCCUACAGCAAGUCUGCUGAACGUACAAUGCCUUAUGCUGUACAUGUAGCCUCUUCGUGGUAACCUAAUGCUGGGCUGCUUUCUGUCCUCAGGCAGGCAAGACACUUCUAGCUGAGGAAAGAACAUCGCCCCAAAUGAUGCCCCAAAUGACAUAUCUUAGGAUAGGCUGGAGGAGCAGAUUAUUCAAUGUAACCACAUUUGCAACUUCAGUGAAUUGGUCUCCUCCCCUUGUUGUUUUAUCUGCAUUUUUAAACCAAACUCUAACCGUGUGAUUUUUUUUAAAUCUAAUUUGCUGUCAGAAUUACUGUCUCAUUAUAGAAAAUUGAAAAGAAAAUACAGUGUUUUCCCCCUUA